CCGGGUAUACUGUAUUAAAGGGUGCUACCUCAACUCAAUUUAGCUGUGUUGCAUACACUGUCCUAGAUGUAGACUAUUUGUUAUUAUUGUGCAGCAUACUACCUGCGUUAUCCAAAAUAAUAACAACUCAGCAAACACACCAAGUCUAUUUUAAAGAGGACAGUUGGGCUAUGAAUUAGGUCUCCUUAUUUUGGAGAUAGUUUAAAAGUUAUUCUUGGGGAUAGACUUUUCUGCUAAGACAUUUAUGUUCCUCUGUUUUCUCUCUCAUGGGGAUAUAGAAAAUGGCAUAAACCGAAAAGUGAUGGACAGAGGAGAGAAGUCAUCUGGCUACUACGGAAUUUCAUAACGUUACUCUACUCUACACAGUUGGGCUUUGCCGCUGACAAUGAAGAUGAGGACGGUAUGCAGAUGGAUUGGUCAAGACAAGCUUCCAAUAUAGAUCUAGAUCUAUAGAUUUGCUGCUGUGGACGUGCUUGAAGUGACUGACUGACUGAUCUACUGAUGGAUUCUAGCAUCACCGCCUCCCAUGAUGAGUGGCUGACAUGAGCUCCAAGGGAAACGCCAGUGAGGUCUGGAAGUGUCUGCUGCCCUCAGGAGGAAUCUGAGUGUCUCGGAGACAUUCUCUGGAUGAGACCUGGAUGAGACAAGAAGAGAAGAAGAAGUAGUGAGAACAUUCCCCCCACAGAGGACCCAAACCAUGGGCUUGUUAUGGUGCCAGGCACGCCGGACUGAUCGUGUGUUCCUAGCCCGUCAGUAGCACCACCACCCCCCUCACCCCUCCUCCCCCCAACCCCAUGUCAGACCUUUCUCUGAAUGAUGGAAAUUUUGCGGAAGACGCUGACUUGUAUAUUGAUAUUGAGCCUGGUGGUGGUCAUGGCUUCCUCUGAAUUUCAAAGACUUUCGCACAACUCACAAGUGGAGUACCUGUCCUACCUGCAGCACUACCAGCUGACUGUGCCGAUGCAGGUGGACGAGAACGGGGACUUCCUCAGCUACACUGUGAAACACCACCGGCCCGGUCGCAGGAGACGAACCGCCGACCCAACCAGCACCGCCGUCGGCCCAGAGCCAACCGGCCGCGCCGAACAGGACCCGGCCCAGACCCGAGUCUUCUACAGACUGUCGGCUUACGGAAAGCACUUUCACUUGAACUUGACCCUCAACCCCCAGCUGGUGUCCAAACAUUUCACGGUGGAGUACUGGGGGAGAGAGGGCCUGGAGUGGAGACAUGACAUGGUGGAGAACUGCCACUAUGUAGGAUACCUGCAGGAUCAGUACAGCUCCACCAGAGUAGCGCUCAGUAACUGUAAGGGCUUGCACGGCGUUAUUACCACAGAAGAAGAGCAGUAUUUAAUAGAGCCAUUAAAGAAUAUAUCGUCCACCACUUCCAGCCAAUGGGACCAGGGAGAAGGACAGCAGCAUGUUAUUUAUAAAAAGUCUUCCAUCCCCUCGCCGCGGCAGCAACCCGGCCAACACGAGUUCAGCUGUGGCAUCUCAGACCUCACAAAAAACGCGAGCCCGUGCCAACAUAGCACUCCUUCCCCAACCUCUCCCUCGUCCUCUCCCACCCCAGCCCCUGGGUCCAACAGCACCCUGCCCGGGGGGGGCCACAGACGGAGGCGGUCACUCAGCACGGAACGUUUCGUAGAGACCCUGGUGGUAGCUGAUAAGAUGAUGGUUGGUUACCAUGGCCGCAAAGACAUCGAGCAUUACAUCCUGUCUGUGAUGAAUAUUGUUGCCAAACUUUACCGUGAUGCCAGCCUAGGAAACGUUGUGAACAUUAUAGUAACCCGCCUGAUCGUACUGACUGAAGACCAGCCCAACCUGGAGAUCAACCACCAUGCAGACAAAUCUCUAGACAGCUUCUGUAAGUGGCAGAAGUCCAUCCUCAGUCACCAAGGAGACGGGAACAGCAUCCCAGAGAACGGCAUGGCUCACCAUGACAACGCUGUCCUUAUCACACGGUACGACAUCUGCACUUACAAGAACAAACCCUGUGGGACUCUAGGCUUGGCGUCAGUAGCUGGGAUGUGUGAGCCGGAGAGGAGUUGCAGCAUCAAUGAAGACAUCGGCCUGGGUUCUGCUUUCACCAUCGCUCACGAGAUUGGCCACAAUUUCGGGAUGAACCAUGAUGGAAUAGGAAACUCAUGUGGGACUAAAGGCCACGAGGCAGCCAAGCUGAUGGCGGCCCACAUCACAGCUAACACCAACCCCUUCUCCUGGUCGGCCUGCAGUAAGGACUAUAUCACCAGCUUCCUCGACUCAGGUCGGGGGACGUGUCUGGACAAUGAACCUCUGAAACGAGACUUCCUGUACCCAACAGUGGUCCCGGGGCAGGUGUACGACGCAGACGAGCAGUGUCGCUUCCAGUAUGGAGCUUCCUCACGACAGUGCAAAUAUGGGGAAGUGUGUAGAGAGCUCUGGUGCCUUAGCAAAAGCAACCGCUGUGUCACCAACAGUAUCCCUGCUGCCGAGGGGACCUUGUGUCAGACGGGAAGCAUCGAGAAAGGGUGGUGCUACCAGGGGGAGUGUGUGAUAUUUGGGACGUGGCCCCAGAGUGUGGACGGAGGCUGGGGUCCCUGGUCGUCUUGGGGGGAGUGCAGCAGGACCUGUGGAGGGGGAGUCUCUUCCUCCAUGAGACAUUGUGACAGCCCAGCGCCUUCUGGAGGAGGGAAGUACUGUCUCGGAGAGAGGAAGCGCUACAGAUCGUGUAACACAGACGCAUGCCCAUCGGGAUCCCGGGACUUCCGGGUGAAGCAGUGUGCCGACUUCGACAGCAUGCCGUUCCGUGGGAAAUACUACAACUGGAAGCCCUACACUGGAGGUGGCGUGAAGCCAUGUGCUCUGAACUGUCUGGCGGAGGGAUAUAACUUCUACACCGAGCGCUCCCCGGCCGUCAUCGAUGGAACACGCUGCCAGGCCGACUCACUGGACAUCUGCAUCAAUGGAGAGUGCAAGCACGUAGGCUGUGACAACAUCCUGGGUUCGGACGCCAAGGAGGACCGCUGUCGGGUGUGUGGAGGGGACGGCAGCACCUGUGAGGCCACAGAGGGACUGUUCAAUGACUCCCUACCCAGAGGCGGUUACAUGGAGGUUGUUCUGAUACCAAGGGGAUCAGUCCACAUAGAAAUCCAAGAAGUCUCCAUGUCCAAGAACUACAUCGCGUUGAAGUCAGAGGGAGAUGACUACUUCAUCAACGGAGCGUGGACCAUCGACUGGCCCAGGAAGUUUGACAUCGCAGGGACAGCGUUCCACUACAAGAGGCCACUUGACGAACCUGAGUCGCUAGAGGCCCUGGGGGCCACCACGGACAACCUAGUCGUCAUGGUUCUUCUCCAGGAGCAGAACAUGGGAAUCCGUUAUAAGUUUAACGUUCCCAUCCAGAGGACAGGAAGUGGGGACAAUGAGGUGGGCUUCUCCUGGCACCAUCUGGCCUGGUCCGACUGCUCCGCCACCUGUGCUGGAGGUUCUCAGAAGCAGGAAGUGCUGUGUAAGCGUCUGGAUGAUAACUCGGUGGUGCAGAACAGCUACUGUGACCCAGACAACAAACCUCCGGAGAACCAGAGGUCCUGCAACACUGAACCGUGCCCUCCGGAGUGGUUUAUCGGCGACUGGUCGGACUGUGGGAAGACGUGUGGCGGCGGGAUGCGGACUCGGACGGUUCUGUGCAUCAGGAAGAUGGGGCCUGCCGAGGAGGAGACCCUGGAGGACAGCCACUGUCUGACGCACCGACCAAUAGAACGAGAGGCCUGCAACAACCAGUCCUGCCCCCCCCGGUGGGUCACUCUGGAUUGGUCAGAGUGCACGCCCAAAUGUGGCCCUGGGUUCAAGCACCGCAUUGUGCUGUGUAAGAGCAACGACCUGACCAAGACCUUCCCGCCCGCCCACUGUCCCUCCCACAGGAAGCCCCCCGUCAGGACCCGCUGUAGUCUGGGACGCUGUCCGCCACCUAGAUGGAUCCCAGGGGAAUGGGGACAGUGCUCAGCGCAGUGUGGACUGGGCCAGCAGAUGCGGACGGUGCAGUGUCUCUCUUACACGGGCCAGCCCUCCAGUGACUGUCCCGAGGGCCUCAGGCCCACUGCCAUGCAGCAGUGUGAGAGCAAGUGUGACGCCAUGCCCAUCGCCAACGGUGACGAAUGCAAAGACGUAAACAAAGUGGCAUAUUGCCCACUGGUGCUGAAGUUCAAGUUCUGUGGCCGUGCGUACUUCAGACAGAUGUGCUGCAAGACGUGCCAAGGACGCUGACCCACUGAGAGAGAGAGAGAGAGAGAGAGAGAGAGAAGGAAGGAGCUGGAGGGGAAAGCGCGAGACAGACAACGGGAAGAGUGAAAGAAAUGCAAGACCAGUAGAAGAGGAGGAGGAACGAGGAUUAGGAGACACUGGGACAAGAGAAGAAAAGAGGGAUUUACCCGUUUGUUACACCUGCUACGCCCUCAAACCCCCCCCCCCACCCCAUCAUCACCGUGGAAACCUAACCACUGCUCAGCAGACACGCUGACACAGACGUUUAUUGCCGUCACUUCUGUGAAGUGGGAACCUUAGAGGAUUACUGUUACUGAUGUUAUUUUUUAUUAUAAUAAUAAUAAUGAAUAUUAUUUGUAUUAUUUUAUUGUCGUCUGAUUGUUGUCGUUGUUCGUCGCCGUUGUUGUUUUUUGAAUCCAAAGUGCUGGACACGUCACACCGAGCGGAAGCACCGCAGGGAUGUAGGGAGUAGCCACUGGAAGGGGGGAGAGGGGGAAGGAGUGUAGUUUAAAAAUGGAGGUGGGGGUCGUAAUGGUACUCUACGGACAGACAGACAGACGUCGGCUCCAGUGCACAGGCGUGCGUGAAUAUCCCAUAAAUUACACCUAAACACUCCCACAUCACCAAACCCACCAGUACUGUAAUGAACUCCUGGUCAAGACGUCAUCGCCCGUAGUGUCCUUCAAGCGUUUUGUAUUAAAUCUGUCUGCGACUAUGCCACGUGUUGUCAGUGGAGUCCUGGAGGGCGAUGGAGAUGACAGAGGGCAUGUUUCUAAAAAAAAAUGUUACGUGCUGGAACCAGAAAACGAGGUGCUGUGUCUGGAGUUAUUGCCACUUCCGUGUUAUCAGAGGAGCUGAACACAAGGGCGCGGGCGGGGGGGGGGGGGGGGGGGGGGGGUGGGGGGGCGGGGGUGGGGGGGUGCUACGGUCAGAUCAUUCUUUUGUUAUAUGUUGGCGUCUCUUCUUUUCUGUCUUCCAAAAAGGAGGGGUGCCUUCGUCUUAAACAACACUCACGUUGUGCCAGAACCCUUAAGGAGGAGGCCCAUUGCUGGGGCAAAAUAAUGGAUUUGUGAAAAAGUCCCUAAUAUUGCAAACUGCACCGUUUGUCAAUGAAGUAGUGAACUGGCUUUGAAGGACCUUAUUGUUGUUACCAUUAUCGUUAUUAUCAUGUAGUUAUUAUCAUGUAGUUGUUAUCGUGUAGUUAUUAUCAUGUAGUGGUUGUACUCCACCUCCAAAUAGCCUCAUCAAAAGGCAUUGGAGACAGUUGCUGUUCGUGAACGAUACUGUAAUCAAAGCCGGAGGACCUCUGUAUCAGCUCCAUAACAGUGUAUGUGUAGGGCCGAGGUUUCAUCAGCGUGGGAAGAACGCACAGCCUCUUCAGCACUGUGGCUGGAGUUAAGUGAAGGGCCAGUACUCGCACACACACACACUCGCGCACACACGUCCCUCCCAGCAGACCACGACGUGUUGCCAGACCACGCAGAUCCGGUCUGCCACGGACAGACUACCUCCAGAUACUGUCACCCCCCCCCCACUCUUCGAAGAAAGUACAAAAAGCAAAUAACAGAAUAUUAUGCAACUCAAUGGUGCUUUUCUUUCUUUUUUAUUCCGGUGGAAUACUGUUUGUUUCCGUUGCCGCCUCCUCGUUUCCUCUUCCUCUUCAAGUGGGAGGCCUUUCCUGGCUUCACCCGGGCUCCCCCAGGCUAUUCUCCCUGGCCUCUACCUGGCCUCUACCUGGCCCGUGGUGCUAUAGAAACGGGUGCAUUCACUCCCCACUACCAUACAGUGACUAUAGGCUGGAUCUGUUCAGAGCAAUAUGAACACUAAGACCGUAUCUAUGUUUGUUAAUGCCGGCAAUGUUGUUGUUUGUUUCAAAUGAUCUCUUCUUACCUCACACUGGGAACUUUCAUUGAUGGUGAGGUAUCCGUGUAGUAACCUCGCACACCCAAACACAACACCGCCACCCCUCACCCCUGACCCCUGACCCCUAUACAUGGAAUUCCAGCCAGUUGUAUCCUGUAUUAUUCCUAGCGGUGUCAAACAUUCUUCCAAUGUAAACCUCACCCAAGUGACAUUGCUGCUGGCGUUGGUUCGGGGGUUUGUGAAAAGGGACUACUGCCACCUGUGUGUGGAACUGACCCACGGUUCCAGACGGCCUCAGACCCACAUGGAGCCAUGCUGCGGAGGAUAAACCAGUAGGACUUAACGGGAACCCCUCCAUACCAUCGGGAAAGACAAUGUAGGAGUCAUAAACGAUCAACGGACCACGUGGGGACUGCCACAAUCAUACGACGACUACGCUACUUUUGUUUUGCUGCUGCUACAUGUUUGGUAGCCACCUCCACAUUGAACCAGGACGUUUGGACAUUAGUGGAUACGAUGAAAACGAAAGCAUUUGACACGUAUUGAACUCCACAUGCUGGGGCUUCUUCCAGAGCGGUCUCAAUGUCAAAUCCGGAGGCAGUUUAUUGGCAUUGGGACACAGAGCCGACAGACGGACAGAGAGACAGACUGACUUGACAGAGACACUCUAGAAGAUGCUCAUUCCAACUGGGACUCAUAGCUGUGAACUUGGACGUUAUGAAUGUCGCGUUGCUUUACCACCUUCAAGGGCAAGAGAGACAUGAAAAAGAAGAAGCAUUAUUUGAUUAGUUGCGUAUAUUUUAUAUUCAGUAUUAAUGUUGGUACACUGUUACUAAUAUUUUUUUUUUUUACAUUGUAAAUGAAAUGCUAAUUUAUUGCCAUGUGUCACUUGUCAUACAUUUGCUUCACUGCAUGCGAACAUAACGUCAGUCUCGUGGAAAAUAAAUGCAGUGAAAUAGGGCCCCUUCACCGAACUGAUUUAGCGUAGAUACAUUACGACAAUAAAAAGAGCAGCUUCCGAAGAGACUCUGCGUUAAAGAUGG